AUGGGGCCGGUACCCACGUUCUCCAGGCGCCUCAAGCGCGAGUUGCUCAACAUGCAGAAAGAACUCCCCGCUGGAAUCCACAUAGCCACCGCCGACGACCUGUCAACAUGGGAAAUGGAUCUUGAAGUCCUGGACCAAAACCCGAUCUAUCACGGGAAAACGUUCCGUUUAAGGUUCAAAUUUGGCAAAAACUAUCCGAUCGAGCCGCCAGAAGUUAUGUUUGUAAGAACGGCAGAUAGAGAAAUACCAAUGCAUCCGCAUGUCUAUUCCAAUGGCAUAAUAUGUCUCGAUCUCCUAUCCACCGGUCACGGCUGGAGCCCCGUACAAAAUGUCGAAAGUGUCUGCGUGAGCAUCCAAUCGAUGCUUACUGGUAACACCAAGAACGAGAGGCCAGAAGGUGAUUCACAGUUUGUAAUGACCCCUAUGAGGAGCGUGAGGGAUAUCAAUUUCGUAUAUGACGACCCGACUGUGUGA